AUGGGCAAUCGCAUUCAAUCUCAUCAUCACCAUGGAAGAGGAAUCAUCAAGCUCAUCAACUACGAUGGCACCGUCAAAAUCUAUAACCGACCGCUUCAUGUGUCUGAAAUAGUGGACGAGUUUCCAAUGUACAUGGUCUGCCCUUCUGAUUCAUUCUACAUAGGCCAGAAAAUCCAAUCACUUUCAGAGGAAGAUAAGCUUCAGUUGGGACAAAACUACUUGCUUCUUCCUAAACACUUCUUCCAUUCAGUCUUUUCAUUUACUUUCUUGCUUCGGUGCCAAUCUGGUUGUGCUCUUUUAGCCAAUAAGGCCGCCAGUUGCCAACCUUUCGAUAUACAGAAAACACCAUCUGGGAGUCUGAGAAUAAGGGUGUCUGAAGAAUUCAUAACACAGCUUAUAGAGCAAGGAAAGAUCAAAGAAAAUGAUGAUGAUCAACCCAGCUUGGGUAAAAAUAUUAGGGUGUGUAAUACACCUCAGUUACAGAAAGACUACCAGCAACUGGUUGGGCAAAGACUAUGGAAACCUAAGCUGGAUACAAUUGCUGAGAGGCACGGCCACAAGAGGAAAAUCUCUAUUAAAAAAAAGAAAGGGCCAAUAAAGCAAGGAGAUAGAUCGAAAGAUCUCAUCUUGAGACGUCAUUAG